AAAUGUUUUUGUGGAGCGUUUAGUCGUACAGUGUAAUCGCGUAGGUUAUGGCAAUGUUACCAAGGACUAGACACAAAAAGUUAGUUUUAGGGUUUAAAGUGUUAAGUUUGGUUUCUGUUUCGGUUGUUUAUUUACUAAUAAGUGUAUUUUCAAGUGAAGAGCGGUCAGAUACUUACAAUGUUCUAGACAAUCCAUCAAGACGACAUCUUUUGCAGGUCAACAACGUGACCGAUCAUCCCGGUGAAAAUUGCACUCCUCCUGCAAUUGACGAAUUUCCCUCAGAUGGCUUUACCAGGGAACAACGAAGACAUGGCGCCAUCGUUCUGCAUAUACUGCUGUCUUGUUAUUUGUUUGUGUUGCUGGCGACAGUAUGCGACAUCUAUUUUGUACCCGCUGUCAAAAAAUUCUGUAGUAAUUUGAAGAUGAAAGAGGAUAUUGCUGGAGCAACCAUCAUGGCGGUGGCCAACUCCAGUGCUGAACUAUUUAUUAAUUGUGUUGGUACGUUUGUAACCGAAGGAGAUUUGGGAAUUGGUACAAUUGUCGGAUCAGCAGUAUUUAACAUAUUAGCUAUACCAGCCAGUUGCGGUCUUUUUGCAAAUAUGGCAAUGGAUAUUGAAUGGUGGCCCAUCACCCGUGAUAGUACAAUGUAUUGUUUUGCAGUAGUUGCUUUAAUUGUAGUUGUAGAAGAUGGCACAAUUCUACUUAGUGAAGCUAUUGCUUUAGUUGUGUUGUAUUCUUUAUAUAUUUUAUUGAUGUGUUUCAACAGUAGUCUUAGCAGGAUAGCUCAUAAAGUAGUAGCGAAAAUCAAAAGAAGAAAUUAUUAUGUUGAAGUGAUGGGAGAAACGCAUCCUCUGCUAUACCGGAAGAAUGGUAAAUAUCAGGGACUUGACGAAAUCCUUCAAGAGGAAAUAACGCUUGAGGACUGCGAAAAAUUUGAGGAAUCUACAAAUAUUUGGAUCUGGCCUAAAGAAGAGACAAUCAAGGGGAAGCUUUGGUGGAUAUUUACCUGGCCUUUAUCAUUUCUUCUCUUUUUGACUAUACCAGACUGUAGAAAGUAUCCUAGAUUGUACGUGAUUACCUUUAUUAUGUGCAUUAUUUGGAUUGGGAUCACCUCUUACGUAAUUUCGUGGCUAAUAACUAUUAUUGGUAAUACUUUAUCAAUACCUGAUUCAGUAAUGGGGCUGACAUUUUUAGCCGCCGGAACUAGUGUACCUGAAGCUGUUUCUAGUGUUAUAGUAACUAAACAAGGACAUGCAACGAUGGGAUUAAGCAGUUCAAUCGGAUCUAACACUUUUGACAUAUUGUUAUGUUUGGGAAUACCUUGGUUGAUAAAAGCUGCAUUUUAUCCCAAAAUACCUGGCGCACACUGGGUAGAAAUUCAUUCUGAUGGUAUUAAUAUUUGUACAGGGGCACUAUUGUCUUCACUCGUCUUGUUCUAUGCAUCUCUCGCUUUUAACAAGUUCAGACUCGACUGGAAGGUUGGACUAACUUGUUUAUUGAUCUACAUGGGAUUCAUAGUGCUGGCGUGUCUGGUGGAACUGAAUGUCUUCUUCGUGGUCAAUGUUCCCACCUGCGAUCAGUGAUAUUUACUAUUUAUUGUUAUUUUUAAUGUUACGUAUAUUUUAUUAAUAAUAUUACUGCUGUUUUUUUAAUAAAACUAUUAAAUUUG